AUGAGUUCGAAGAAUCCAGUUGACACUUUCGAUAUAAUUAUUGUCGGAGGAGGGACCGCGGGAAGUGUUCUCGCAGCGCGCCUUUCGUCCAAUCCGUCCCUACGAAUUCUGGUCCUUGAGGCAGGGCAAAACCGCAACGAGGACCCCAAUGUGCGAGUACCAGGGUUUUCAAAGUACUUACUUGGGAAUCCUAGUUAUGAUUGGCAGUUCCAAACUUCGCCUGAGGAGGGCUUAAAUGGGAGAGUGAUUCAGCAACCGAGGGGGAAAUUGUGGGGUGGUUCCAGCGCGAUCAACUCGCAUGCACUGGUCUAUCCGUCUAGGGGCUACCACAAUGCGUGGAGUAGCUUACUUGGAAGAGGUGCUGCGAAAUCAGCAGAGCGUUGGGACUGGGAAGGAAUCAAGAGGUACUAUAGAAAGUUUCAGACUUUGCAGGAGCCUAGUGAGGAUGUCAAGCGAGAGCUGAGCAUUGAGGUUUCGGAAUGGGGAGUAGGCGAUGAUGCUGGGAAACCCCAAAGUCAGAAGAACGAAAAUGGCCAUGAGGGCGUUCGAGCCUCCUUUCCGGUUACACCACAUGUGCUGCAAAAGGCUUGGGUAGAUGCAAUCCACGAUCUAGGAUUCAGCACCUCCAAGAAUCCCCUCGAUGGAGACCUCGUUGGAGGCUCAACAACUACAAAUGCUAUUGACUCUUCUAAAAGAGAAAGAAGUCAUGCUGGAGUAGCUUUCUUGGAGCCUUCCACGAAGCGAGAGAAUCUUGUCGUCAGAAGCAAUGUAUUUGUGGAAAAGGUCAUGUUCGACGAGAAUGAGAAGAAUGGAAAUCUUGUGGCAUCAGGUGUUCUUUACAGACCAGAAACCUCUCAGCAAGAUGUGACUGUCUAUGCCCGUCAAGAAGUCAUUAUCUGUGCAGGCACUUACGGAUCACCUAAAAUACUGGAGCUUUCUGGCAUCGGAGACCGCGAAAUAAUGGCUGCGGUAGGUAUCAACUGUCUUCGAAACCUCCCAGGUGUUGGUGAAAACCUCCAAGAUCAUCUGAAUUUUGGUCCGUCGGUCGAAGUGCAUGAUAUUAUCAUGACAGCGGAUGUCACUGCUCGCGACGCCACAGCAGCAGAAGCCGCAAAAACACUGUACGAAGCCGAGAAGAAAGGCUCUGCUGCGGAGGGUGCUGCGUACAGCUUCUCCUACAUUCCAUUGCAGACAUUGAGUUCAUCAGACGAAGUACGAGAGCUGGAUGCCCUAGUCACCAAGACUCUCGAAGAGAACUCGUCGGCGAUAAGCAAAGGAUACAAUGCUCAAUAUGAGAUUAUUCAACGCUUGAUUCAGGACCCAAACGAAUCUACCGGGACGGUAUUCAUGACUCGCAAACAAAGAAGCUUUCCAUCUUCUGGACCCGUACCGGGAAAUUAUAUGACCAUCAUUGCUAUGCUCUCAUAUCCAUUUUCUCGUGGGAGUUCGCACAUCACAUCCACAAAGUCCAGCACGCCUCCGGAGAUCAAAUUCAAUUACCUUCAACACCCUUUGGAUGCCGAAAUCUUUUCCCGCCAUGUCGUUCAGAUUGGCCAAAUGCUAACGCAGCCCUCGCUAUCUGCACAACUAAAACCUGGUGGCAACACACUACCAACUGGAUAUUCCCGCCAAAGAAUAGACAUUGAUGAUAUCAAACGGUAUCUACCUCAAUAUGCAGCAACAAAUUAUCACCCAGCAGGCACGUGUGCGAUGAUGGGCGAGGAGUUAGGUGGAGUUGUCGAUGAGGCUUUGAAAGUCUAUGGAACUGCGAAUGUGAGAGUUUGCGAUGCAAGUGUUAUCCCGAUCGUGCCAAGAGGAAAUAUUUUGAGCACCGUUUAUGCAGUUGCCGAGAAAGGAGCAGAUAUCAUACUGAGAGCGGAACUUUGA